GGUCUAUUCGGACAGGGUUGUGGAAAAAAAUAAGUAGUUGUCAUGAUAUUUACCUAGCCAAUCUACAAAUGACAGACACAUAUCAAAUUAUACAGAGUACAUUACCCAUGUCAGGGCUCAAGAAGAAUUUUCGAGGCUGCUGAGUGACCUGAUCAGGUGGUGUUGGCACCUUUGUGCCAUCUCAUUCCAAGUCCCUGAGGAACUUUAAUACAGGAGAAGAUGAACGGCCUUUCCAUUAGAGAGCUAUGCUGCCUGUUCUGCUGCCCUCCUUGCCCCAGCCGCAUUGCAGCCAAGCUGGCCUUCCUCCCUCCAGAGCCCACCUACUCAAUGCUGCCAGACCCAGAGGCUACAGCUGCGGCAGCAGCCGGAACCGCACCUGGGGGUGCACCCCCCUCUCUGGGGGCUCCGGGCCUGCGCUCCCGGCUGGGUGGCGUAGGGGGAGACAGAGGAGGAGGGGGAGGAGGAGGAGGAGGAGGAGGAGAGGGCAGGUGGAAGCUCCACCUGACAGAGAGGGCAGAGUUCCAGUAUACUCAGAGAGAGCUGGACAUGACGGACGUGUUCCUGACAAGGUCUAGCCGGGGGAACAGGGUGGGCUGCAUGUACAUCCGCUGUGCCCCCAAUGCCAGGUUCACAUUGCUAUUCUCCCAUGGUAAUGCAGUAGACUUGGGUCAGAUGAGUAGCUUCUACAUUGGCCUGGGAACGCGUAUCAACUGUAACAUCUUCUCCUACGACUACUCUGGCUAUGGUGUCAGCACCGGCAAACCCUCAGAGAAGAACCUCUACGCUGACAUAGACGCUGCCUGGCACGCCCUGCGCUCCCGGUAUGGCAUCAGCCCAGAGAACAUCAUCCUGUAUGGGCAAAGUAUUGGCACGGUACCCACGGUAGACCUGGCGUCCAGGUUUGAGUGUGCUGCUGUGGUGCUCCACUCCCCUCUCACCUCUGGCAUGAGGGUGGCCUUCCCCGACACCAAGAAGACCUACUGCUUUGAUGCCUUCCCCAACAUAGAGAAGGUGUCUAAGAUCCCAUCCCCGGUGCUGAUCAUCCACGGUACGGAGGACGAGGUGAUCGACUUCUCCCACGGCCUGGCUCUGUUUGAGCGCUGUCCCAAGGCCGUGGAGCCACUCUGGGUGGAGGGGGCGGGACACAACGACAUAGAGCUCUACAGCCAAUACCUGGAGAGACUACGGCGCUUCAUCAACCAAGACCUGGCUGCAGCACACGCCUGAGAGUGGAGGAGAGGGUGUGUGUGUGUCUGUGUGUGUUUUGGCUCUGUGUGUGCGUGUGUCUGUAAGGAGCUGUACAAAGUCAUCAACCUACAGUACCUGAAGAGGAGCAUCCAGUAUGCUGUAAAUCUGUGAGUGCGUUUUGAGGGUAUGUGUGUUGACUCAUGGAAAUGAAUGACCUCUUGAUAUGGACACAACUGUCCGACUUUGGAUACGUGUUCCUUGAGACUUCCUGAGGCUGAAUAUGUGUGCGCACCUACAAACUGUCUUCUCUGUAUACAUACAGGUAACUGACGAAAUAAAGGAAACACCAACAAAGUGUCUUAGUAGGGCGUUGGGCCACCACGAGCCGCCAGAACAGCUUCAAUGCGCCUUGGCAAAGAUUCUACAAGUGUCUGGAACACACAACCACAACCCCUUAUUAAAUGUGUUUUGUCCAAUAUAUAUUUUUUUUAUCCCAGCCCCCGUCCCCGCAGGAGCCAUUUUAACUUUUGGUAGACCGUCAUUGUAAAUAAGGAUUUGUUCUUGACUGACUUGCCUAGUUAAAAAAAAAAAAAAACGAUGCUUCUUUGAGACCCCUCUUUCAAAGACACUGAGUUCUCUCCUAGCUAUGGUAGCCCAAAUAAUGGGCAACUGGGCAUUUUUAUCCAACUUUAAGCAUGAUGGGAUGUUAAAUUGUUAAUUAACUCAGGAACCACCGCUGUGUGGAAGAACCUGCUUUCAAAAUACUUUGUGUCCCUCAUUUACUAAAGUGUUUCCUUUCUUUUGGCAGUUACGUGUGUGUGUGUGUGUGUGUGUGUGUGUGUGUGUGUGUGUGUGUGUGUGUGUGUGUGUGUGUGUGUGUGUGUGUGUGUGUGUGUGUACAACUCAAGAGUUGAAGAUGCUAUCUGUAUGCACCUGAGUUGACAUCACUCCUCCCUGUGUCUACAGUAGACAGCUGUCUCUCUGCUUUUGUAUUUCUCCCCGUCGCUCUUAAGAGACAUCCUCCCUCUCUGGAUUGCUUUCACCAAUCCAGAGAGGGAGGAAAACUGGCCUUUUUAAGAGUCAUUUGAGAAAUAACAUUUUCUCAUGCCAGUUAUUUUCUGUCCACUUGCCCCUGUCCGCUUGCUAAGAAGUUAAAACAGACUCGCAGGAGAGAAGACUUUCUCAUAUUAUCAGAAGGUCUUCUCUCUUGUGAGUCUGUGUCUUAACUUCUUAGUUUAAGGUUAUGAUAACUUGAGUGAGGGCAAGGAAUGAAGAUGUACUGCGGUAUUUAAUCUUACUAUUUGUUUGACUGUUGCCCAUCCAUAUGACCCAACGUGUCUGAAGUCUACGGGUUUAGUGGAGACUUUGAUGUCUCUGAAGCCUUAGAUGAACAUAGAUUUGUAGUCACAAACACAUCUGGAAUCAGGCUAGAAAAUACUAGCAAAAAAAACAAACAAGUUUGUUUUUGUAAGGAGACCUCUGUGUCUGUCUUGAUAGAUUGCAAAUGUGACUGAAGAACAAUCAAGCAUAUACAACAAAACCGGUUUGAGGGGUCUUUGGAAAAUCUCUUUUAGUUUUCAUUUUUAGGAACAGUCUUCUCUGUAGCUCUUGAGAAGAUGGUUCAGUUUACUGUUUUGAGGAUGGAGAGAGCAGGACUGAUGAUCAAUUGCAGUGGAUGAUGUCCACGAAGCCAUCUGAACUGUCAUUUUCUGUCAAAGUAACAUGUUAUUUCAUGCGUCUUACAUCGUACGCAAUAGUUGUUUCGGUUUGCUGCUACUUAUCUGUAUCAAACACAGGACGACAGACCUUUUCUAUUCCUAAUGGUAAAGAAAUUGUGUUAUAGCGUCUUAUAAAUAUUACACUUUUACUGACUUUCUGAGAUCUGGAAGGAUUACACAUUCCUUAAUUCACACUUAUCCUCAAUCUUUGCUCAUGCAUUUUCUCUCAAAGUAAUAACAUUUUCAUAGUGUAUAGCAGAGCCACAGAGCUUAGGGCUUGACUCAAUCCUUAUCACUGAGGUUCAGCGCUGUAGCGCGGUUGAAAUGUGAAGGUUAUUUGCGAUUUGAGCCGACAUAUAUAAUACUAAUAUAUGCCAUUUAGCAGACGCUUAUAACCAAAGCGACUUAGUCAUGUGUGCAUACAUUCUACGUAUGGGUGGUCCCGGGAAUCGAACCCACUACCCUGGCGUUACAAGCGCCAUGCUCUACCAACUGAGCUACAGAAGGACAUAUGCAGUGUUUACCGUGAAUGCGGUCUCCGCAAGCGCAGGAACAUUACCUGGACGUUUCUAUCGGGCUGUAACGCAGGUCUCCAGCUCUACGGAUUGAGUCGAUCCAUUACUCAAACUGUUUGAAACGUCGAAUCAUAAUUAGGUUCCAUAACAUAGAUGGAGCCAACAUGAAUGCCAGUUUCAUGAACUGAUGGUAUGAUAUCUGUGGUGUGUAUAGGAGCUCUUCCAUGGCGACAGAACGAUUCAUGUCUGAUCCAAGCCGUAAACGAGCUUCUCACUGUUAGUGUGGUGCAGGUUCCACCACAUCAGUCCACAAACAACCACACGGCACAAGCAAGCAUGAUAAGCAGGUCUUAAGUUCAGGACUAUUGUACAAAGCAUCCAAAGUGUAGUUAAAUAUAAUAUGUACAUACAGUGUCUAUUUUAGUAUUGUUGACGAACUGACCCUCCCCCCAGAAAGACCUGAAGCAAGGACUCUAGGAAUGAUCUCGUCAUAGAAUACUGCAGUUACUGUCUAUAAUAGUACCUCUCUAUUGAAGGGACAACAGCUGGUGUAUGCUGAACAACACUACUUAACACUGCAGUCAUCCUGGGUCAAAGUGGCACUUUGUAGGCGGGCUGCUUUUCCAUGAUAAUUUUGAACAAGUAUCUACUCCAUUUUCGCUGUGUCACCCAACCUAAGGUGGUGGAAGUUCCUCUGCUUCUUUUGGCCAGGGUUCUAGGCUCACCAGGGUUCUAGACUUGCCAGGGUUCUAGGAUGAGACUAGACCUGUUCCAGUUUUCAUUAUUGUACCCUAGGUGGUUCUUGCUAAGAAGGUGUCUGAAUAUAAGGGGGGAUAAUUAAUACCACGGUUCAUUGAGACUUGACUGAAUAGAGAAUAGUCUCUCUUGAUCUUUAUGAUAAUGAAAGUGAGGUAGCGAUACCUUGACGACUGUACGCAUGUCUAUUAUUUGUGUUUUGCUGGGCAAAUGUUUGGGUGGGGAAUAUAACUUUGUGUGAUGCCAGAGGACAAAGUAGAACUCAAGGCAUUGCACGAUAUAGUGCUUUUUAAACUGGGGUAUUGAUUGUUUUUUAUUACUGCAACUAAAGUAUUGAUUUGAGUUUUGUGCUAGAGUUUGGAUAGGGAAAAAGCUGGGUGGGGUUAGAACAUGUGGGAGUGGUUUAUAUAUGGAUAUUGUACUUACCUAUUCUAUGUUUGUUAUGAUUUGUAAUUUUAUCUUUGUAAUGACAUGUAAUGACAUUAAUUAAUGGGACUGAACCUUGACCUUUUUAUUGACAAUGGGGAGAAAAAAACAAUAAAGAACAAUUAUGUACAAAAAUA